UCGCUAGCCAGCCACUUGCAAUUGCGGUUUCAGACCUGCAGCUCCCCUCCCCGCCCCUCCCCACCCAGGCCAGCCCGCCCUCCUUUCUGUCUCCUCUCUCCCUCCGUACUGGACGGCCCGAGCCCAUUUCCGGGCUCCGGAUAUUUGGUAUUGAUCAGGGCGGGGGGGCGCGGGAGCAGGUGGCUGCGGCGGGGCAGCUGGGCCGCCAGCCUGGUGUGCCGGAGCCGGUCUCCCUCUGCCUUUGUCGCCAGCCCUUGCCCGGCCCCUCUCCCUGCUCCGGUCCCGCGCUCGCUGCCGGCCGGAUUUGCGUCGGGCGCUGCUCCUGCUCCGUGCCGCCCUCGGCGGGGAAGCGGGUGGCCAGGGGCAGCCAGGACCCCGGCCCAUCAUGGCUGAAGUCAGCAUCGACCAGUCCAAGCUGCCUGGGGUCAAGGAAGUGUGUCGAGAUUUUGCUGUCCUAGAGGACCACACCCUGGCCCACAACCUGCAGGAACAAGAGAUUGAGCAUCAUUUGGCAUCAAACAUUCAGCGGAACCGUUUGGUCCAGCAUGACCUCCAGGUGGCAAAGCAGCUGCAAGAGGAAGAUCUGAGAGCUCAGGCUCAGCUUCAGAAGCGCUACAAAGACCUUGAACAACAAGACUGUGAAAUUGCUCAGGAAAUCCAGGAAAAAGCUGGCUAUUGAGGCAGAGAGACGACG